AUGGCAAUUGGAGAUGGAGAUGGAGAUGGAGAUGGAGAUAACAGUACAGUGAAUAAGAGUUGUGUUUUGUCGUUCAUCGGGAAGGCCACGUGGUGUAAGCAUGACUAUUUCGUUGCUCAGCCCUACAACUCGGUAGCCAUCGUCUCCGUCUCCGACAAUGACUACUCUGCUUAUCUUGCUAGGAACGCCGAUGAUGAUCUCCAGAAAUUGCCAGCAUUCGCUAAAACGAUUAUGCAGCAGUUGGGCGAAAACUUGGAAAGAAUCCAAGGUUUAGGAGUGAAAAGAAUAGCAGUUAUAUUGAUUGAGCCAAUGGGAUGCGUACCUCUACAAGCUGCCUCUUCGUCGUAUACAAAUUGCAGUGAAGUUUUGAACUUAGGAUCGAAGUUCCACAACCAAAUGCUGAAGCAAGCUCUCAAAAACUUGAAUGAUAAGAGCAACUCAACAGUUUUCGUCACCCUUGAUCUCUACAAUGUUUUUAUUUCAGCUCUAAACAAGCUCAGGAAGCGUGCAUCAGGAAGUUUGGGAAUGAAGAAUCCAUUGAAGCCAUGUUGUGAGGGAAAAGAGAAGGGGAAAUAUUACUGUGGAAGUAUGGAUGAGAGUGGGGCAAAACAGUAUGGUAUUUGUGAGAAUCCAAACUUGUCAUUGUUUUGGGACACUGUCCAUCCUUCGCAGAAUGGUUGGCAUACAAUUUUCUCCUCUCUACGAUCUUCACUCCACACAUUCAUCACCUAGUUAC